AUGCCUGCCCCUCCGUCUCCCCUGAAACUCUCACACCGCUAUCGAUCAUCAAUCGACGAUUCACCAGUUUCCCCUGGAACAACGGGAAAUGGCUUUGCACUAGCCAGUCCCCGCUCACCACAGACACCUCGUCUCUCAGCUCCCCCGUCGCCCAUCACCUCCCGUAACAAUUCCACCGCAAUGAGCGGGAACCGCGACUCCGGGGAUUUCACCGGCGCCGAAGGCGGAGGCCUGGGGAACCUGGCGGAUGAACUAGCCGAUGCCUGGGAAGAGGAUGAAGACGGGUACGGGUACGCAUCCGGUCAGGAAAUGAGCCGUGCAGGAUCACAGCAGCUAGGCCAGAGCGACGGGGAAGAUGCAUACCUGCAAUCAGUGCGUGGGAUGCGCACGCGGUCACCGUCCGUCUCGCCAGAAAGAGAAUCUCUCCACCCGUCCAGGAAUAAGAAUCGCACAAACCAUCUGCGACAGCACCGCCGGCAGGAGUCGCAGUACGAUGGUUCGGACUAUGGGCCUGAUUCGGAUUUCGACGAGGCGGCUGAUAUGUCCCCCGCACUGGAGAAUCAGAUGGCUGAGAUUGAAAGUCUGGUGCGACGUGGGAUAGAGAACAAUGGAAGUGAGAAUGAUCGCGUUAUUCAGCGGACAGUCGACUCGCUGAAGGAUCUUGGCGGACAGAGUGGAAUUGAAAAUAGCGCUAUGAGACUUAUUACCGCCCAUUCUUCAAUCACGUCGCAUCUGACACAUCAAACUCGCACACUACAAUCACUCAUUCAUCCUCUCUUGUUCUCUCCAUUCCCCCUCCUCUCGGAGGACGCCAUUGACUCUCUCAUGCCUCUUAUUGAUGAAGGCCUAUUACCAAAUCUCCCUUACCCAUUCCCUGACCAGCCCCGCCAUGGCUCUAGGCCAGCUACACCGCAAACAUCCGCCCACAACCCUCUCACAUCUCUUCAAUCCCUCAUCUCUCAAACCACCGAAAUCACCCAGCUACUUCGCGGGCUCAGCGAUACACUCUACGAGUCACGGCAACUGACCUCAACCGCUUCAAGGCGGCUCCGGUCUGCACGUGAACUUGUCGCUGACAUCCGACGGGAAGAAGAGAGCCGUGAGGAAGGAUCCCGGUGGAUUGAGAGAGGUGAAUGGGACCGCCGACUCAAGGACCGAGAGGCAGGUAAGGUCUGUGGUGAUGUAGUCAGUGGCUUUGAGGCUGUCUGUGGGGAGUGGCGGGAGAAGCUGUUUGGGGCUAACGCCGAGGUUGCUGCUGCGUGA